AUGGAGCUCUCCACACUCCCCAGUGCUGAAAUCUACCCUGACUACUACUUCAACAGCACCUUACAGGACUUCAGCUCGAGUUCUCUCACUAUGUCCAACGACACAAGACCAUAUGCCGCGAAGAACACAAGUUCGAUCAUCAUAGCUAUUGCUAUCACAGCCCUGUAUUCGGUGGUCUGCGUGGUGGGGCUGUUGGGAAAUGUCCUGGUAAUGUAUGGCAUUGUGAGGUACACCAAGAUGAAAACAGCCACCAACAUCUACAUCUUCAACCUGGCCCUGGCUGAUGCCUUGGCCACCAGCACGCUGCCUUUCCAAAGUGCAAAAUACCUCAUGUCCACCUGGCCAUUUGGGGAGCUGCUCUGCAAGGUGGUCCUCUCUAUCGAUUACUACAACAUGUUCACCAGCAUCUUCACCCUCACCAUGAUGAGCGUAGACCGGUACAUAGCUGUCUGUCAUCCAGUCAAAGCCUUGGAUUUCCGGACCCCAGCUAAAGCCAAGCUCAUCAACGUUUGCAUCUGGGUGCUCUCUUCAGUUAUUGGGGUACCCAUCAUGAUCAUGGCUGUCACCAAAUCAAAAGAUGGCAUUGUGAUGUGUAUCCUCCAUUUCCCCGAGCCUCAGAUUUACUGGGACACCGUCACCAAGAUAUGCGUUUUCAUCUUUGCUUUCUUGGUCCCGAUCCUGGUCAUCACUAUCUGCUAUGGGCUCAUGAUUCUUCGUCUGAAAAGCGUCCGCCUCCUUUCAGGCUCGAAGGAGAAGGACCGCAACCUGCGUCGCAUCACACGCAUGGUGCUGGUGGUAGUAGCUGCCUUCAUUAUCUGUUGGACACCCAUCCAAAUCUUUGUCAUUGUUUGGACCCUUGUCAGCAUCGACAAGAAUAAUCCCUACGUGGAGGCCAGUCUGCAUUUCUGUAUUGCCUUAGGCUAUACCAACAGCAGCCUCAACCCUAUCCUUUACGCUUUCUUGGAUGAAAAUUUCAAGAGGUGCUUUAGGGAGUUCUGUCUUCCCUUCCGGUCACGAAUGGAACAGAACAGCUUCAGUCGGGCCCGGAACACCACCCGGGAACGCAUCUCCACUUGCACUCCUUCUGAAGCCCUCAAUAAGUCAACAUGA